UUGGCCGGGUUGGCAUGGUGGCGGCGACGGCGAGGGAGGCGGCGUUGGCGGCGAUGGAUGCGAGCAAGUACGUGAGGUACACGCCGGAGCAGGUGGAGGCGCUGGAGAGGCUGUACUACGAGUGCCCGAAGCCGAGCUCGCUGCGGCGGCAGCAGCUGGUGCGGGAGUGCCCCGUGCUGGCCAACGUGGACCCGAAGCAGAUCAAGGUGUGGUUCCAGAACCGGCGGUGCCGGGAGAAGCAGCGGAAGGAGUCGUCGCGGCUGCAGGCGCUCAACCGGAAGCUCACGGCGAUGAACAAGCUGCUCAUGGAGGAGAACGACCGCCUGCAGAAGCAGGUCUCGCAGCUCGUCUACGAGAACGGCUACUACCGCCACCACGGCAGCGCCGGCCAGCUCGCCACCACGGACACCAGCUGCGAGUCGGUCGUCACCAGCGGCCAGCAUCACCACAACGUCGUUCAGCCUCCUCCUCCUCCACCGCCUCUGCCGCCGCCGCGCGACGGUAGCCCGGCUGGGCUCAUGGCGAUCGCCGAGGAGACGCUGACGGAGUUCCUGUCCAAGGCCACCGGAACCGCCGUCGAGUGGGUCCAAAUGCCUGGGAUGAAGCCUGGUCCGGAUUCCAUUGGAAUCAUUGCCAUCUCGCAUGGCUGCGCCGGCGUCGCCGCGCGGGCUUGCGGCCUCGUCGGCAUGGAGCCCGCAAAGGUUGCCGAAAUCCUCAAGGAUCGCGCGCUGUGGCUGCGCGAUUGCCGUUCCAUGGACGUCGUGAACGUGCUUCCUGCCGGCAGCAACGGCACCAUUGAGCUUCUCUACAUGCAGCUCUAUGCUCCCACAACGCUGGCGCCGGCUCGCGACUUCUGGCUGAUGCGGUACACCUCCAUUCUUGAUGAUGGAAGUUUAGUGGUGUGCGAAAGGUCACUCAGUAGCAAGCAAGGAGGCCCAAGCAUGCCACUCGUCCAGCCUUUUAUCAGAGGUGAGAUGCUUCCCAGUGGGUUCUUGAUCCGGCCCAGUGAUGGCGGAGGCAGUGUGAUACACAUCGUUGAUCAUAUGGACCUUGAGCCUUGGAGCGUGCCUGAAGUCGUGCGACCCCUGUAUGAAUCUUCUGCCAUGGUUGCGCAGAAGAUGUCGAUGGCGGCUUUACGCUACCUCAGGCAGGUUGCCCACGAAGACACUCGUUCUGUGAUCACAGGAUGGGGGAGGCAGCCUGCAGCUUUGCGUGCUCUGAGCCAAAAGCUCACAAGAGGCUUCAAUGAAGCUCUCAAUGGGCUUGCUGAUGAUGGAUGGUCAGUGAUCGAGAGCGAUGGAGUUGACGACGUCUGCGUUUCUGUCAAUUCAUCCAAAGUGAUCGGUAGCAGCAAUGCAGCAUUCAACAAUGGACUGCCCAUGGUCAGCACCGGUGUUCUUUGUGCCAAGGCGUCCAUGCUGUUGCAGGAUGUCUCUCCUCCGGCGCUCCUGCAGUUCCUGCGCGAACACCGGUCACAGUGGGCUGACAGCAAUCUAGACGCGUUCUUCGCCUCCGCGAUGAAACCUAACUUCUGCAAUUUACCAAUGAAUCGUCUUGGAGGAUUCAGUGGUCAGGUCAUACUUCCUUUGGCACACACGUUUGAGCCUGAAGAAUUCCUGGAGGUUAUCAAGCUAGGAAAUGCCAGCAACUAUCAAGAUACACUAGUGCACCGUGAUCUGUUCCUCUUGCAGAUGUACAAUGGAGUGGAGGAGAGCACUGCAGGAACAUGUUCAGAGCUCAUCUUUGCGCCUAUAGACGCAUCGUUCAGUGAUGAUUCUCCACUGCUGCCUUCUGGUUUCCGCAUCAUCCCAAUCGAUUCUCCUCUUGACACAUCUAGCCCGAACUGCACGCUGGAUCUCGCUUCCACGCUCGAAGCUGCGACACCUCGAAGCAGGAUCAGCGGCGUCAAUGGCGGCGGCGGCGGCGGCGCCUGUGCUGCUGCGAGCCCCAAGGCGGUGAUGACGAUCGCGUUCCAGUUCGCCUUCGAGAGCCACCUGCAAGACAGCGUGGCGGCCAUGGCGCGGCAGUACAUGCGCAGCAUCAUCUCGUCGGUUCAGAGGAUCGCCGUGGCGCUCUCGUCGUCGCGCCUCGCCGUCCCCCGCGCCGGCGCGCAGCUCGCGCCCGCUACGUCGGAGGCGGCCACGCUGUCCAGAUGGAUUUGCCAGAGCUACAGAUUUCACUUUGGAGCUGAACUCAUCAAACCAGCAGACGCCAACAGCAGCAGCACCAGCGAAUCGAUCCUAAAAUCAGUUUGGCAUCACGCCAGCGCUAUCCUCUGCUGCUCUCUCAAGGCGAUGCCGGCGUUCACGUUCGCAAACCAGUCCGGGCUCGACAUGCUCGAAACGACCCUGGCCGCGCUCCAAGACAUGACCUUGGAGCAGGUGUUCGACGAGCAGGGGAGGAAGAACCUGUGCACGGAGCUCCCCAGCAUCAUGGAGCAGGGGAUGGCGUGCAUGGCGGGAGGGGCGUGCGUGUCGAGCGCCGGGAGGGCGGCGCCGUACGAGAAGGUGGUGGCGUGGAAGGUGGCCGGCGACGACGGCGCCGCCCACUGCAUCUGCUUCAUGUUCCUCAACUGGUCCUUGCUCUGAUGGUUAGCCGCCAUCGUGUUUUUUGCACUUCUUGGGAUCCCGGCCCAGCCUGAACGGAUUAUGUAUAUUUGUUUAGCGCGUACUACACUAGUAGCAGGGCAAUUUUACGUUCGUGAUGAAAUGAAACAGAUCAUACGGUGUACGAUGAUUUGAAUUGAUGAAUUUUGGGAGACCCUUGGUUUUUGUA